GGUGAGGAGAGGGAGAAUGAGAUAAGAAAACUCAACAGCACCGCAUGGCGAGGCAUCAACACCAGGCUGACUUGGGUUUUGCUCACCGUCCAAACUUGAUUUAGGAUUUCAACAUGUGAGUGGACUUUGCAAGAGGAGGAUCCACCUAGAAUGUCAGCUCUGAAGAAGGUGCUGCCAGGCAUCCUGCAGAAGCAUUGCUGUAUCUUCCUAAACAGGAACACAGGUGUGAAGAGGUUGCUGAUGAAAUUGAAGAGCAGGGAGAUAUACUCAGACCAGCAGUAUUCAUGGUCGACCACACCGUACUUCGAUGAGGAAAGCUACUCCCCUCCACCCAAAAACAUGAAGGGUCUCUCCGGUGGCCGCCCCACCCACCUCCAGCUCACCUCUCCCACCUCAGCCCACACCUGUGGCUACGUAGAUGUUGACCAUUCCUUGGAGCAUCAUCUUCACCAUGGAGAUUCACGGCCCCCAUCCUACCUCCUCAGCCCGACUGAAAGCUGUCCCCUGGAAGGUCGUCACCGCUUCUCACCACGGAGCUCCAUCCACUCUGAGUGCAUGGUCAUACCAGUGUCCAUGGCGCCCACGGACCACUCUGUCGCAUGUAGCACUUUUCCACGCAUGCACUACGGAAGUGCUUCGCGGGACAGCGGGGGCAACACUUCUGGUGGCAGGGAUUCCCGGGAUGAUUGCGGCUCAUCAUCACAUGGCGGUAGCAGUAAAAUGAACCGAAUCCCGGCAAAUCUUCUAGAUCAAUUUGAGAAGCAGAUGCCGCUGCACCGAGAUGGCUUCCACACGUUACAAUACCAACGUACAUCCACUACAACCACAACUACAGAACAACGCAACGAAAGCCCCGGACGGAUACGUCACUUAGUGCACUCGGUACAGAAGCUCUUCACAAAGUCACAUUCUCUUGAAGGUUCAUCCAAGAUGAACGGCAACAAAAACGACUCACACCGGGACGGCUCGUAUCAUCAUCACCACCAUCAAGGCCACCACAAACACAGCAAGCGCAGUAAGAGCAAAGAUCGCAAAGGUGACGGGAGCGGGAGACAGCGGUCGGGAGGUUGGUGGAGCUCAGACGACAACUUAGAUAGCGACAGCACAUAUCGGCCACCGAGUGUUAUGUCCCGACACCCCGUGGACCAAAUCACUCACUGCUACCCUGACUCAAUGCACAGCCACCUGGCAGGAGACCUAUCGCUAAAGACUUCCAAAAGUAACAAUGAUGUCAAGUGUUCAGCGUGUGAGAGCAUAGGCAUGGCACCCGAGGGGAAGUUCAUGAAGAGGAGCUCCUGGUCCACGUUAACAGUCAGCCAAGCGAAGGAGGCUUACAGGAAGUCUUCGCUCAAUCUGGAGAAACCAAUGACACCAACAGACCUCAAGCCCAACCUCAGGCCGUGUCACUAUCUACAGGUGCCCCAGGAUGAAUGGGGAGGUUAUCCCGGCAGCGGGAAGGAUGACGAGAUUCCGUGUCGACGAAUGCGGAGCAGUAGCUACGUUAAAGCCAUGGGGGAUGAAGAGAGCGGCGAGUCGGAUUCCAGCCCCAAGACCUCUCCCCAGAAGUUGGUGCGGCCAGACGCUCUGGCCAUCAUCAGACCCAGAGACCUGCUGGACUCUCAGAGCUCUUAUCGCCUGGAUAAAAUCAACAGUGACAUGCGUAACUACAUCACCAAUUUUGCCGCAGACUUAAGUCAGAGUUACCACUUGCAAUCAUCCAUUCAUCCGAGCAUCGCUUUGGACGCCAAUGCAAACUACAACUCCCCAAAGUUUCGCUCCAGGAAUCAAAGCUACAUGCGCGCCGUCAGCACCCUCAGUCAGGCAAGCUGUGUUAGCCAGGUGAGCCAGGUGAGUGAAACAGAAAUAAAUGGCCAGUUCGAAUCAGUCUGUGAGUCGGUGUUCAGCGAGGUCGAAUCCCAGGCCAUGGAUGCGUUGGACUUACCCGGCUGCUUCCGAACCCGGAGCCACAGUUACCUACGAGCCAUCCAAGCCGGCUACUCUCAAGACGAUGAAUGCAUGGUACCCAUGGCCUCCACAGUCACCUCCACCAUCAGAUCCACCACAGGCAUCCAGUUCUGCCUCCCUUUAAACUGCAGCAGCAUUGAACGGACCCCCCAGCCUCCCCCAGCCAUAACCUACACGCCAAGCUACAAGAAGGCCCCUCCACCCGUCCCGCCUCGCACCACCUCAAAACCUCUCAUCUCCAUCACAGCCCAAAGCAGCACAGAGUCCACCCAGGACGCUUACCAUGACGGAAGGCACCCCCAUGGAGGGAUGUGGGGCCCUGAUGGUCUGACACUAGGCUUGAGCCCCGGCAGGGCCCUCUAUAACUCCGUUGACAGCCUGGACAGCGCCAAGGCCGUAACUAUAGCCAUGGAGGCAGCUGGGGUCAUGGCUGGGAAAAGACAACCAUCCACAAACAGCCACAGUUCAAUCGUCACCUGUGACAAGGCCAUCUUGGUGUCUAAAGCUGAGGAGUACCUGAAGACGCCUCGAUCUUCUAUAGGAAUACAGGUGGAAGCUGCCACAGACUCUGAAUCGGAAAGCAAAGGCUCCCGGGAAUACCAUUCUGUAGGGAUCCAGGUAGAGGAUGACAAGAAAGGGCAAGGCCGCUUCAAGCGCUCCAACAGCGUGACUGCAGCCGUGCAGGCCGACAUGGAGUUGGAAGGCUUCCCCACUAUGGAGGACAAAGGCCUGCAGUUUGGCGGGGGCUUCCAGCGCCACUCUGAGCCCAGCACGCCCACCCAGUACGGAGCCGUGCGAACCGUCCGCACCCAGGGGCUCUUCAGCUACCGUGAGGACUACCGCACCACAGCUGAACCCCCAAGUCCCCGGGAGACCACCAGUGAGCCCACGUGGCAGCUGGAGCCCCCCUCCCCGCAGGAGAAUGCUGUCCCAUCUGGUGAGUCGGGGCGUAGCUCCCCUUCUCUGAGGAGAGACGGGAGCUGGUUCAUGCAACUACUGCACACCGAGACCAAGAGGAUGGAGGGAUGGUGUAAGGAGAUGGAGGCAGAGGCUGAAGAAAAUGACUUGUCAGAAGAAAUCCUCGGUAAAAUCAGAAGUGCAGUGGGAAGCGCUCAGCUCCUCAUGUCACAGAAAUUCCAGCAAUUCUAUUGGUUGUGUCAGCAAAAUCUGGACCCUAGUGCCAUGCCGCGGCCUACCUCACAGGACCUGGCUGGGUUCUGGGACCUGCUGCAGCUCUCCAUCGAAGACGUAACCAUUAAGUUUGACCAGCUGCAGCAGAUCAAGAGCAACAACUGGAGGCCCGUAGACAGUCCGGAGAAGAAGCCUCCAACUCCUGUACCAAAGAAGACAAGUCGACAGAAGAGUCUGGUGACAAGGGAGAAAUCCUUGGACCUGCCUGACAGGCACCGGCAGGAAGCUCGUAGAAGGCUCAUGGCAGCCAAGCGAGCGGCUUCCUUUCGGCAGAACUCAGCCUCAGAGCGAGCGGACAGCAUCGAGAUCUAUAUUCCCGAGGCUCAAACUCGACUUUGAGAAGUUAGGGUCAGGGGAAAAACUUGACUCCCUGCUCACCUAGCCUUUUUCUAGACUUCUUUUCUCUUUUCCUUUCCUCAUCCAAUCUUAGAAGCCAUCCUCAGUGGCCCUGGCCGACGUCAUCAACCUGUAGGAUGUGCCUCUUGUUAGCGGAGAUGUAUAUCCAACACGGGUUGGCUGGUUUUCUCACUGGUUCUCUGGUUACCAUGGUACCCAAACGAAACAACCUCAUCCAGCAUCUUGUGUGGGAUUUUUUUUUUGUUUGUUUGUUUUUUCCAACAUUUGCAAAGUGCCAUUUUAAAAGUGCAGCUUUGAGAAACCUACCAGCAACCAGACCUAUGACUUAAAUAAAAAAAAAAGAUAAAUAGCAAUGUAGGCAUUUUAAAUAACUGAAAAAAAAAUCUCCAACUCAAUCAUUUUUUUAAGUAAUGAUUUGUUUCCCAAACUUAAUGUGAAAUUGAUAAAGUGCCAAUCCUGACAAUACCUCAUCUCUGUGCAUGUGGCACUAAUCCAACCCAUGUGUUAAUAUGCUCCUGCUCUUUCUUCAUAUUCAUUAAUUCAUUUCAUAAUUUCACAUCAUUUCACAUGCAUCCCAUGGUCUUGUAGCCAACUAUCAAUUAUUGCAGUUUACUUGAAACACAACACAAGUCUCGUGCCAACAUUUUACAUGACAUCCAUGCAGGUGGGAAAUCAAAACAUACACACACACACACACAUACACACACUAAUGCAUUUAUUGCGUUUACUUAUACACACUCUAGUGAACAGCAAUGCUGCUGUAUUUUCUAAAUAUGAACAGGAACAAUGUUUAUUUUCCACAGCUCGCCUGCCCUCUAAUUGCUUUUGACACACCUGCAUUGUUACAGUGAUCACAGGCACAAAACCACUCUGCUUUGUUCGACUCCAAUCUACGGUGCUUACCUCGGGGCCCGUUCAAGCAGCACUCUUGCUCACUUUCAUAUUUGAUCCCUGAAAACUAACUAACACAGACCCCCCCUUCUCCUAAAAAAGAUCAUUUGUCCUAAAACAAUGAUAUAUAUGUAUAAUAUUUCACAUGUCAUCGGUGUUACAUUUGCUUUGAGGUGCUCUCUUUAACUUUAACUACUAAGCCGCAUGGAAAGGAUUCACUAAAUUGAGCCAAAAUGACCCAAAUGAAUGGGGUUUUCACCUUGUAGCAUAAAUAGAGAACAAAUUAAUACACUUAAAUCUUAAACAUGACUUUUUUUCAAGCUGUAUGAUCCACUAUGUGGCAUAUUGGCUCACCAGCCACAACAUUAGGUACACUUGCACAAGAUAAUGAGGUCCAAUACAAACACCAAGAGAAAUUCUGCAUAUUUUGUUUUUGCAUUAUUUUGCAGGAAAUGAUGUAGAAAUGCACUGCAUAUAUUCUAAUAUUAGAAAGACACUUUAACGCCACUCUGACAGCCUCUAUUAUCUUCAUAAAGGCAGAUUAUUGUACACACGUGUUCAUAUUGAGCCGUAUUAGAUUGUGCAGUAGUACUUAAUGUAGCUCAUCUUUUAAAGCUUAUGUCAGAUACACUCUUGAUUAAGAUCUUAAGAUCAGUUAAAAAAUUGCAGGGUUAUGCAUUUUGUACAUUUGGACCUUAAUGAGGUUUUAAUUAGAGCCACAAUAUCAAAAGCAAAAAGGAGGAGUGAGCUAAAAAAAAAAAAAUUGGAACUUUCAUUCAUUCAUUUUCUACCGCUUUUUCCUCAUGAGGGUCAGGGGUGCUGGAGCCUAUCCCAGUUGUCUUCGGGCGAGAGGCGGGGUACACCCUGGACUGUUCGCCAGCCAAUCACAGGGCACAUAUAGACAAACAACCAUUCACACUCACAUUCAUACCUAUGGACAAUUUGGAGUCGCCAAUUAACCUAGCAUGUUUUUGGAAUGUGGGAGGAAACCGGAGUACCCGGAGAAAACCCACGCAUGCACGGGGAGAACAUGCAAACUCCACACAGAGAUGGCCGAGGGUGAAGGGUGGAAUUGAACCCUGGUCUCGUAGCUGUGAGGUCUGCGCGCGAACCGCUCGUCCGCCGUCGCAUCAAGCAUACCCAAACAAAUUUUUGAAGUUAUUAAAACGUAAAUUCUAGCUAUUUUUCCACUGGUCUUAAGAUUUUAUUUUAUUCACUCAUGUUUUUGGAGUGAUGGCCUACAAAGUGGGUUGAUGCCUGAUAAUGUGGAAGAAUAGCAAGCGUUUUAUGAUGAGUUUUGGUAGUGCUAUGCUGACGAAGAGAAGGUGAAAAAGACUGUCUUGACUUUAUUUCACCGCUGCCACCCGCCAGUGGCAUAUCGCGUAUCCAGCUGUUACACACACACACACACACACACACACACACACUGGACAUUUGUUCUGCGUCAGCGCUUCUUCAAAACAAAGAUAUGAAGCACUGCUUUUAUUUUGGGUUUUAUGAGAUAUAACCAGCACAUACAUUCAUAAGCCACAAUCUCAUGGAUCAUAUUAGAUGUACAAGUGUAGUGCUGCUGUGUACUUAAGGAAUACAGUUGAGUAGUUGAGUUCAAAACAAGCUAAUAUCUCACCAUAUAAAAAAAAAAAAAAGUAGUUUGUUCACUCACACGUUUGGUACACACUUUACGAAAACACGUCCCUUCAGAGACUUUAACAGUUUGACAGCAAGAGCGUGAGGAUGUGUGAUGCUGGCCAUUUGGCAGAAGCAGAGACAAUCCCCUGCUGUUUGCACACAGGCAGGCAGGAGACAGACCCUGCCUGACAUAUAUUGGCUUAGAGGAGACGUGGGCUCGGUGUUGGGCCCCAUACGACUGCCGUCGUGUGCUGUAGUUUUGGCUGCAGGGCUGUUAUGUGAGGAUGGCUGUACGCUGUAAUGGGUAUUUUCAGUCUGCCGUUUGACGGGGUAAAAAUGGCUUAUGUAAGAUUUCGGUAAGGAAACAGCCUCACAAGGGGGCCUUUAAAAGUAAGUGUUGAUAAAUCAUGGUAUUUAAUGUUAUACUCUAUUUGGCGCGUAUCCUUGCAGAGUGAUAUGUUAACUUCAUCAACACCUCACCUAAAAUAAACUUCCAUUUUUUUCCCCUUAGAAAAUAAACAAUGACACCAGCAACCAAUUGCAAUUAUAGUACCGUCAUCCCUUGACACUUUGCGCUUUGAGUUUUUGGCGCAUUGCCUCGUGAGCAUGGGACGCUCACGCCUGGGACGAUAAUAAAUUAAUUAAUUAAUCACACAGUAAAUUAAAAUGUUUUUGCUGGCCUCAAAGUAUUACCUUGUUUGUUUGUUCUAUAGAACAAUGGUAUACUACAACGGUACAAUCUUUGUCUCAGUGGGUAGAGGCGGGGUGGCUGGCAUACACACACAGUGCUGAAGAGUGUAACGUAGUAGAAAUUAAAUUAGUAGAUUGCAAUAUAUUUUGUUCAUGGUACUUUUCUUAACAGUAAUGUUAAAAUCUCAUGUAGCUUUGUUGUCUUUGACCCAAUCUCGUGUAUCAUCUCGUUUGGUGACAUCCUUAAUAACAAAAAGAGAUGCCAUUUGAUGGUUAUUGGACUGCACUGAUGGACAGCCAAAUGGAUCCUCCAACUCAGGGCUGGUGACAUUUUUUUUUUUAGGUGUGCCACUUGACUUUUUUGUUCCGUAACCCUCAGGGUCUUUAAAAGACGUUUAAUCGUCUUAUGGCGACCAACUUCAGCAGCAAUGGUGCACUGAGAGAUGUCUUGUUUAUGCAGCGCAACAAUCUGGCCGCGUUCAAAGAGAGAAAGCUUUUUUACCUUUACCAUAAGGAGAUACCCAACUUUCAUUUCUAUAUUAUUGUCCCUCAUGUCCGUAAAAUGUUUCCAUCAAGCAGUAUCGAUUCAGUACAGCCAUUAUGUUAGUCUUCCAAGCAUUGGUCGGAAGAACGCAGAGAGCAUCAUGACUUACGUACAACCUUGAUGUCAUGACAACAGGACAGCUUGUUUUCUUAGGCCUCCUUCAAUUUAAAAGUCCUAAUUGAUUGUCCUGAUGGAACAGUUCUGUCUGAACAUUGUAUGGACUCACCCCUCUCUCCAUGAUAUCUGCAUAUUUUAAACGGUGCUCGGUUUCCUUCCAUUCCAUGGAGUCCCCAAAGCACACAAAUGACUUACCAGAAUUAAUAUGACGGCAGACACAUGGUCUUAUAGCCAUGCAGCAAGUAAAAAAAAACGGAAUCUACACCAAUUAUUUCUGUCUCCACUGUAUCAUUGAGCACAUGUGAGGCAGCUCCAAAUUAAUUACAACUACAGAUGUUUUUUUUUUUUACUAAUAUUGUCCAUCAUUGAUACCAAUUUCAACUGAUAUACAGCUCUUUUCUCAAACUGAUGUUGUGUAAUUAAACACAUUGUGCUUCUACUGGGUGCAUUUCACAAGUAAUAUGCAAUAGAAAUUGUAGCAAAAAUACAAAUAUGCUGCAUGAAAUCAGAUUUGAAGAAUUGGAGGAAGAUUCCCUCAUCGUAUACCGUACAGCGUUUUCCUGUUCGGUGCAGACUGAAAACGUUUACUAUUAGUAGUCAGCGACACUAUUUAGAUCAGUGGUACCCAAAGUGUGGCACAGGGGCCAUUUACAGACUGUGGAUAGUUUUUUGUUUUUUUUAUUGGCUCACGGCACAAUGUAGAAAUCAAAUUUAACACAAAAAAAGAACAAAUUGAGGAAAAAGGCAGAAUAUCGAGACUAAAAGCUAAAAUAUUGAUACUAAUAAAUAACACAAAGCUUUGUCCUGAAAUACAUUUAAAAUAAAUUCAAUAAAAUAUAUAAAAAUACAAUAUAAAAAGUGGCCCCUUGCAUCUUCUGAUUUUUCAGUAUGCACUCCUCGGUGGAAAAAAUGUGGACACCCCUCAUUUAGGUCGAGCCGCAUUACACACCAUGAGCAAAAGUUACCGCUUCACAUACAGUGUUUACAAUUCAAAAGUGAAACUUAGAAAUAUCGUAUUUUCUGGACUAUAAGUCGCUACGGAGUAUAUUAUGCACAAUGUACAAUUAGGCAGAAAAAAAAAUAAGUCGCAAUGGAAUACAAGUCGCAUUUUUUGUGGGUGAUUUAUUUUACAAACUACUUAACCAAAACAGACACUAUAUACGUCAUCUUGGAAGGCAAGUUCUAACAAUAAAAGAAUAGAGAACAGGUGUAAGAUAUGCUAACACAAUGGUUAUUCAGCUACACAAAAAAUAAACAAAAAAGGUGUCCAGUGUUUAUGUGACAUAACAAACUGAAUUUAUAAGUCGCUCUGGAGUAUAAGUUGCAGGAACAGCCAACUUAUGAAAAAAAGUGUGACUUUUAGUCCAGAAAAAACAAUAAGACUUCGGACAUACUGAGUGUGUUGAUGAGGCCUCACUCGGGUACCAAUAUAAUAUAAUUACCGGCCGAAAAACUGACACAAAUAUGAUCGUCAGACAGCACCAAGCCCGGCCCACUAUUCGAGGACAUAUGGUGUGUUGAUUAACUUGUGGAAUAGUGUUUCACAAGUGUUGGUCAAUAUAAAAAGGCAACUAAAGAUCAUUUACUGUCAUUUGAAAAGCACUGACAGUCCUGGGGGGUUAUAAGUAUAUCACUUAAUAAAUAUUGUCAAAGUUGUGUGCUUUGACAUCCCCUGUGGCUGUUCACUGGAGGAUGUUCACAUGAUGCAGUGAGAACUGAAGGCAGUCUCCACUGGCAGGAAGUCACUGGAGUGAUGAUGAAUUAAUAGCAAGUCAGCCACCGUAACCUUGUGAAAACCCCCAAGGGCAGAAAUGAUAGCUUAAAAAAAAAAAAAAGCACGAGGGCAGCAAUCCACUCCAAGUGCCAUCUUUCUUCACUUAUAAGACAUGAAAUCUGUAAAAUUAUUACUCAACCACACGUCUUAGAAGACGUUUCCCAUGAGCAAAUCAUCUUGCAUCCCAUUUUUAAUGUUUUCAUCUGUGGCCUCACUUCUGCAUCAACUGUCUAUGCGUUCUUAACCGCAGACCCACAGAUGUGUGUGUGUGGGGUGGGGGGGCAUUUUUCCUAUCCAUAACGUAACAUUAAGAUUCCCUUUGGACUUGGAAUGUGAAACAAUUCUAUGACCACAAGGCAAAAUGAGAAAAGUAGUUGUUUAGCGAAAACUAUUUUCAUCUCUUGUAUAGCAUAUCUAUAGUAAGGAUGAAUAUAAUGCCAAAUAUUCAUUAUUUGUAAAGAAAUAUAUAAAUAUACAGAUAUAUAUAGUACAGUAUAUAAUUCUAUAUUAUUCUCACCUGAAUCAACUAUUUUCUGCUGUUGCUCAUGUUCUGUCAUCACUUUUGCUUUCUGAUUUUAUAAACAGAUAUGAUGGCAUGCAAAAUACUGAUUCAGAAUGUAGAUUUAUUUAUUCAUUUAAUUUAUUCCUUUAUUUAUUCAUGAAGUCACCUUUUUUUACCGAUGUAGCCUACAUUUGUUAUUUAUUUGAUAUAUUUAUUCAUUGAUUUUAUUUAAGGAACCUCAUGUGUUGAAAAGAUUUUGCCUCUUUGAGUAGUUUGAUCAUUGCAGUCAUCAUCAAGUGUAAAUAAGUCCCACAAUUAAAUUUUUGGACAAAAA